AUGAACUCUAUGCGUUCUCUUGUUCGUCAAGCUGCCAAGCCACUUGCACGAAAUGCCUUUGCCAAGCGUACCAUCUUCUCUUCACCUGCCUCUCUCUCAGAUGCUCUCUUUGUGCACCGUGAUACACCUGAGAACAAUGCCAACGUUCCUUUUGAAUUCACUGAGGAUAACAAAAAGCGCAUUAGCGAAAUUUUAAAGAAAUAUCCUGAGCAAUACAAGAAGGCUGCCAUCAUGCCUCUUUUGGAUCUUGGCCAAAGACAACUUGGAUUCACCUCCAUCUCUGUCAUGAACGAAGUUGCUCGCUUAUUAGAAGUUCCUCCCAUGCGUGUUUACGAAGUCGCCACCUUCUAUACCAUGUAUAACCGUCAACCUGUUGGUAAAUAUUUCCUCCAAGUCUGUACAACAACUCCUUGUCAAUUGGGUGGUUGUGGCUCAACAAAGAUCCUGAACGCUGUCAAGGAUAACCUCGGUAUUCAAGUUGGUGAGACCACCAAGGAUGGUAAAUUUACUUUGGUCGAAGUUGAGUGUGCUGGUGCUUGUGUCAAUGCUCCUGUCAUGGCCAUCAACGAUGAUUACUACGAGGAUUUGACACCAGAGACAACUGAGAAGCUUUUGGAAAACUUAAAGGCUGAUAAGCCCAUCACACCUGGACCUCAAAGCGGACGUCAUACUUGUGAAUAUGCUCCUGGUGUUUAUACUACAUUGAAUGCUGAACCCUAUGGCCCUGGCUUCAGAGUUCGCGAUGAUUUGUAA